CUUUCAGUGAGUUGGGACCAUAGUCAGCUCAACGCUGGAUAACUUAUUAUCUUCUACAUAUAUUUUUCCCUUCAUUGAAGUUUCAACAUUUUUUCGUCUACUUGGUUCUCGAGGUAUGAACACAUUAAACGAGAAAAAUAUAUUUUCACGUCGAUAACUCAAAACUCAUGGACAACACCAAGAAAAAAUCAAAUCCAAAUCCUGUCCAAAAUGCCAACAUACUAUCUAAAAUAUUUUUGUGGUGGAUGAAAAAUUUUCUCUGGACGGGCUUCAAAAGAGAUUUGGAGCAAGGUGAUCUCUAUGACGUCAUUCCCAGCGACAGCUCUUCGUACCUCGGAGAUCAACUCGAGAGGCAUUGGAACGACGAGCUCAGAAUGGCCAAACAAAAAGGAAAGGACCCAAGUCUGCUCGGGGCGAUCUGGAAUACUUUCGCCAAGCAGUACAUAUUCUGUGGAGUUCUGAACGUGUUGUUUACCUGUGUCACAAGGGUGAUCCAGCCCACCCUGCUGAAGAAGGUGAUCGAGUUCUUCAACCCGGGCAGCGCCAUGACCCAGCAAGAAGGCCUCCUGUUCGGCGCAGGCCUGGUCCUCAACGGCAUCGUCACGUUCGUGAUCGUGCACCACGCCUUCCUCAGCGCCUGCGUGGUCGGCAUGCGGAUAAGGGUGGCGUGCUGCUCGCUUAUGUACAGGAAGGUGAUGCGGCUGAGCAAGACCUCGUCCGGCAAGACGACGACGGGUCACCUCGUGAACCUCAUGUCGAACGACGUGAACCGCUUCGACAUGGCGACGCAGUUCCUGCACUACCUGUGGAUCACGCCGCUGCAGGUGGUCAUCGUCACGUACUUCCUGUGGGACUACGUGCAGCUGUCGGCGAUCGUCGGCAUCGUGUCGCUCUUCGCCCAGACCGUGCCUGUGCAGAGUUACAUCAGCAAGAAGAUAGCCGACUUGCGGGAGUUGGUGGCGGUGCGCACCGACGAGCGGGUGCGCCUGAUGAGCGAGAUCGUGUCCGGGGUGCAGGUCAUCAAGAUGUACGCGUGGGAGAGACCGUUCGCUAACUUGGUGGCCCUUUCCAGGAAAUCUGAAAUGAAUGUGGUGAAGAAAGCAUCGUACCUAAAAGGUGCUAAUAUGUCGUUCAUGAUGUUCACUGAAAGAAUUUCGCUUUUCUUCACUCUUCUGUCUUACUACUUAUUUGGUAACAUCAUUACGUCAGACAGGGUGUUUUCUAUAGCCCAAUUCUUCAACGUCACCAAUGUGAGUUUGGCAAUAUUGUGGCCUUUCGCUCUUACAAGCUAUGCGGAGGCCAAAGUGUCUAUAGGCCGAAUAGAAGAGUUCCUGAAGCAGGAGGAGAGAGAGGACCCUCCAGCUCUGCCCAGUCCGAGAGGCGCGGAGGAGAAGAUGGGACUAGUCGGGGCGGUCGUCGUGAGAGGACACGCCAAGUGGGAGUCGACGGAGCAAGAAGAUACUCUACACGACGUUUUCCUCGACGUGAAGCCGGGAACGCUGUGCGCCAUAAUAGGUCCCGUUGGAUCGGGAAAGAGCUCGCUGCUGCACGUGCUCCUGAGGGAGCUGCCCCUGCACAGCGGCUCAGUCCAGGUGGAGGACGACGUGUCGUACGCCUCGCAGGAGCCGUGGUUGUUCGUGGGCUCGGUGCGCAGCAACAUCCUGUUCGGCCAGCCCUACGAGCCCAGGAGGUACCAGGAGGUGGUGAGGGUGUGCGCCCUGCAGAGGGACCUGGAGCUGUUCCCGCACGGCGACAAGACCAUCGUGGGCGAGCGGGGCGUGUCCCUCAGCGGGGGCCAGCGGGCGAGGAUCAACCUGGCCAGGGCGGUGUACCGGAAUGCUGACCUGUACCUCCUGGAUGACCCUCUCUCGGCCGUGGACACCCACGUGGGCAAGCACUUGUUCGACAUGUGUCUGCGCGGCUACCUGGCCUCCAAGACCCGCAUUCUCGUCACACACCAGCUGCAGUACCUCAAGGAUGCAGACCUCAUCGUCAUAAUGAGAGACGGUCGGGUCGAGAGGCAAGGCAGCUACAGCGAGAUGCUGAGCAGCGGCCUGCACUUCGCCGAGCUGCUGCCCGAGCUGAGCGCUGAGGCCGACCACGACGACGGCGAACUGCAGGACACGCACGAGCUGAAGACGAUCCCCCGCACCCGGCAGCCGUCCAUCAAGUCGACGACGAGCGGCCUGGUGGCGGAGCAGGAGCUGCUGGACCCGGAACUGGAGGACGAGCUGCAGACGUCGGGCGCCGUCGCGUGGGGCACGUACGCCAGCUACGCGCGCGCCGCGGGCAGCUGGUGGUACUCGCUGUACGUGCUGGCCGUCAUGGGGGUGUCGCAGGCGCUGCUCAGCGCCGUCGACUUCUGGUCCAGCGCCUGGACUACGAUGGAAGAGGAAAGGAUGUUCCACUACGAGGUGGACGGCAACUCCACGGAACCUCUGGCGGAGUUCGUGUCCAGCGCCUACUCCUUGACCACCACCAACGCCCUCGUCGUCUACGCGGUGCUGCUGGCGCUGUGCGUGGUGCUGGUCGCGUACCGGUCCGUGCUCACGUACAUGUUCUGCAUGCGCGCCUCGGUCAGGCUGCACGACACCAUGUUCCGCAACAUCCUCAGGGCCAAGAUGAGGUUCUUCGACACCAACCCCUCGGGCCGCAUCCUCAACCGCUUCUCCAAGGACAUGGGCGCCAUCGACGAGCUGCUGCCGAGGGCCAUCGGCGAUGUGUCCAUGAUAUUUUUGAUGAUGUUCGGGAUUCUGGCGAUGGUACUCUUGGUCAACUACAUCAUGAUCGCGCCCAUGCUUGUGGUCGCCGUGCUGUUCGUGUCGAUAAGGAUGUUCUACGUGGCGUCUGCAAGAAGUCUGAAGCGACUCGAGGGCAUCACCCGAAGCCCUGUGUUCUCGCAUCUGUCAGCCUCCAUCAACGGCCUCACCACCAUACGGUCCUGCAAGGCCCAGGACAUGGUCUGCAAGGAGUUCGACGACUACCAGGACCGACACACAUCCGCUUGGAAUCUAUUUCUGAAUUCAAACGCAGCAUUUGGCGUGUGGGUCGACAACUUCAGCAACGUAUUCAUCGGGAUCAUUGCAUUCACGUUCUUGCUUUCUCCUGAAGGCACGUUCGGCGCCGGCGUGGGGCUCGCCCUGUCGCAGGCGCUCAUGCUGACGGGCUUCGUGCAGUACGGCAUCCGCAUGUCCACGGAGCUGGUGAGCCAGGUGACGUCCGUGGAGCGGGUGCUGGAGUACACCCGCCUCGACACGGAGCCGGCCCUCGAGUCGCCGCCAGAUAAAAAGCCUCCGUCAGAUUGGCCUCAGGAAGGAUGUAUAAGAUUUCUAAAAAUGUCCCUCAGCUACAACGAAAAUGACCCUCCUGUUCUUAAAGAACUGGAUUUCACCAUCCUUCCUACACACAAGGUGGGCAUCGUGGGUCGCACGGGCGCCGGCAAGACGUCGCUGAUCUCGGCGCUGUACCGCCUCGCCGACCUGCACGGCUCCGUGCUCAUAGACGGCGUGGACACGCAGGCAGUUGGCCUGCACGACCUCAGGCAGCGCAUCUCCAUCAUCCCUCAGGAGCCGGUGCUGUUCUCGGCCUCCGUGCGCGAGAACCUCGACCCCUUCGGCGAGUUCGACGACCACCUGCUGUGGAGCGCGCUGGAAGAGGUGGAGCUGAAGGAGUCGGUGGGCUCGCUGGACUUCCACGUGAACGAAGGAGGGUCCAACUUCAGCGUCGGCCAGAGGCAGCUGGUGUGCCUGGCCAGGGCCAUCCUCAGGAACAACAGGAUACUCGUGAUGGACGAGGCGACCGCCAACGUCGACCCUCAGACUGACUCGCUGAUUCAGAAGACCAUAAGGUUGAAGUUCAAGGACUGCACGGUGCUCACCAUCGCCCACAGACUCAACACCAUCAUGGACUCCGACAGGGUGUUGGUGAUGGACGCUGGGAGGAUGGUGGAGUACGAUCAUCCACACUUACUUCUGCAAAACAAGAACGGACACUUUUACAAAAUGGUACAGGAAACGGGCCCAGCGACUGCUCAGAAAUUACAUGAAAUAGCAUCUCAGGAGUACGAGCUCACGCAGCGCACGAAAGUAACUAAGGUUCACGAAGAACAGGUCACAAAGUUAUAGGUAGUGACAUUCGCCUCGAGAUGGCAGAAUCUCCAAGUGCAGCGUUGUUCAAACCACGUGUGUUUUCACAAUAUUGUACUACAGUUAUUUAAGUAAAACAAUUUUUGACCACCUUUUGUUUCAAA